AUGCGUAUCCCGGUUGCUCCUCCGGUUCCUCCCCCCAUCGCUCCUCCGCUGCAUCCCAACAAGCAUCUGCGAAGCCUUGGCGCCCCCUACAACCCAGAGCUUCCUAUCAGCGCUGCCUUUGGACUUGUCACCCUGCAGCGAGGCUGGAAGCCGAGUUCCAAGACCUGGAAAAAGAACUGGAACGCCUGCAUGAGCGAUGAAUAUGACCGCCUGAUUGGCUACCGUGUAGCCAACCUGGCGACAUGGCAGGAGCUGUGUGCCAAGGUAGGCAUCACCGAUUCAUUCACGUCCAUUAACCAAUGCAAGAAGGCUCUGGUACGUGUGAAUGUCAACCUUGUUGACCUUCUUGAUUCUUGGAACACGGAUUACCCCCCUACUCAGUUUAAGAGCAAGAAGGCCCUUGCUACUUACACCGAGGCGCAAAACAAGUUCUUUGGUCGUCACAUCGCCAAACAGGACAAGGUCCUCCAAGUGCUCCUGCGAAAGCUUCUCUAA